AUUUUUAUUCAAAAUUUAAACCCUUCUCCCACUCGCCAUUUCCUUUUCAUCUUCUUCAAUCUUCCCCCUUACAAACACACCACCGAUCUCAAUCACAAAUCCAUGGCCGCCGCGAGAUUCAUCAAGUGCGUCACCGUCGGCGACGGCGCCGUCGGAAAGACGUGCAUGCUCAUCUCCUACACCAGCAAUACCUUCCCCACCGAUUAUGUUCCUACUGUGUUUGAUAACUUCAGCGCUAAUGUGGUCGUUGGUGAAAGCACUGUUAAUCUCGGCCUUUGGGAUACUGCAGGCCAGGAGGAUUAUAAUAGACUCAGACCACUGAGUUACAGAGGAGCAGAUGUCUUUCUAUUGGCUUUCUCUCUUAUCAGCAGACCCAGCUAUGAAAACAUCUCCAAGAAGUGGAUCUCAGAGUUGAGACACUAUGCUCCAACUGUGCCCAUUGUGCUAGUGGGGACUAAACUAGAUCUACGCGAAGACAAACAAUACUUGAGUGAUCAUCCAAAUGCCACUCCCAUUACAACUUCCCAGGGGGAAGAACUCAAGAAAACUAUUGGUGCAGCUGUAUACAUCGAGUGUAGCUCCAAGACUCAACAGAAUGUCAAAGCUGUGUUUGAUGCUGCAAUUAGAGUUGUGUUACAACCACCAAAACUGAAGAAAAGGCGUAGCAAGCAAAGACUGUGUGUCUUUCUUUAGAUAUGAUUCAUGUCAAUUUUACGUGUAUAAUGUUUUCUGUAUAACGUCCAUUUGUUUUUGUUUUGUAUUUUGUUCUUUUGUUUAGCACUUUAAUGGUUUAAUGAAAUCCAAAGAUAUGAAAUUGG